AAAUGCUCCCAGGAAUCUCUUCAAGAGUGGCCAGAACUACCAGAAAGGUUCCACAAUUUCCCCAGCCAAACCCAUGCCAGCUGCCAAGGGACUGGACAUUGAGGCUGUGGGCACUAUCAACGGCACCCCUGUCUAUGAGUUUGACCUCACCUCCAUCAGUACCGAUGAGAUGCCAUGGAGGAAACCUGGUGCUGACAUCAACGACUACUUCAACUACGGCUUCACAGAGGAGACCUGGAAGGCUUAUUGUGAGAAACAGAAGUUGUUGAGAUCUGAGGCUGCAGGCGGCACCGCCGUAUUGCCCACACCAGUCACUAAAAUUAUGAGCUCGCCCGCCCCGGUGACACAGAAAG